ACCGUGAACAUUGUACAAACUAAAGUUAAGUCACUUAUCAUAAGAAAUUUUUUUCAUUUGAAAAGCGUAAAUAAAAUUAAUUCCUACCAUUGUAGUAUUUCAAUAGAAAUUGAUUUCAUUUUAUAUUAUCAAUUUAUAACGACAUACAUAUAAUUCCGUGGAAAAUGUCGUAAAAUCGAAUGUCAUCUUCUUAGCAAAGAAGCCCCACAUUUAAAACCCAUCUAGCACCAGUCAUUACAGGCAAAAAAAAAAUUGAAAGUUAAAAUAAUUGUUUCCAAAAUAGUAACUAAUAAUUUGAUUGGAAAUUUAACGAGGACGGUGACUUCAAUCGAUGAAAUUGCGACGAGAGAGAGAGAAGUCGACAUUAACAUUUGAUGGAACAGAGGCAGGGUUUCUGAAUCAGUUGCUAUGGCUACGCGUUGGUCAAAUACACACUCAAUAAAUUAAAAAGCUGUUUUUUUAAAGAUUUUGUUUUCACAUUUUUACACAAUUUCGCGUGCCUAUCAAAUGUAUGUAAAGUUUCGAAACAAUCAAAACAUUAAAGCUUUUUUUCAUAUUCAUGUAACUAUUUUAUACAUACACGCACACCGUACAAUAUGCACCUUGACUGUAAAUAGUCGACAAAGCGAUCGUGAUCGCGCCACCUUUGAAUAUUUUAAAACUCACAACACGUUUUGCUCCGAACCCGAACUAAACUUUGAGCAGAAACUUCUACAGUUCUUAAGUGUUUUUAAACCUUUGAAUCUGUAUAGCUUUUUGGACUUGGACUACGUUGUAUUGAUACAGUUGGAAUGACUAACAAAGUAGAAGCAAUGAUACGAUACCAGACAUGACGGCAUUGUAUUUGAACAGCUGAACUUUGAAUGACGAAUUUACCCUGUAUGACGUACUCGGUUAGACAAUGUAAGAUAAUAAUCGUACUACGAUAAGCAUUGCAUUCAUCUGCAUACAACAGGUUGGUUGUGCGUUCAAUUUUUAUCAAUAUCAAAGGUUUGUAUCAAUGUGGAAUCCAGAACAGUAAUGUUGAUUUACGACAUAGAAAUCUUUUUUUUUGUAUACAACUAAAUCCUCAAGGAUUUUAUACAAUUCCCUUAGAGGCUACUGGCAAAAAGCCGCCUGGUAAUAACAAUUUGCUUCUCCCAAAAACAAACAAAUCACUCGACCAAUAACGUGCGUUAUUUCUAAACAAGCCCCCUUCGAAAGUGUGUCCAACAACAGGAGCAACAUAGAAACAAGCCCUGAUGGUUCCACAGACACCCGGCCGGCCAACGGGAAGGGACGAGAUUCCGGAGCGCGAAACCCAAUUGACACAGCAAUUGAGCCUGAUUGUGCAUCAAUGAUAGUGUCCAUCAUCAAUCGAGCCUCCGUCGCGUCGUACACUGAAUCGUCCACAGCUUCCGUGUGGAGGUACAAACAUCGGCUUGGCAAAUGGAUGGAUGUGUUUGGACGUGAGCCGCCAGUCAUCGGUCACCAGCUUACCCCCUUCCUGAAAGGGAAGCAAAUCGUAUACCAUGCCAUUUGCCAAACAGCAAAGAGAGCUGUGAGAUAUUGCGUACGCCAUACGUCUGUUGCUGCGAGGAAAUCCUCCUAUAUUUGUAUCGUGUCCAGCAUUCCAAACAUUUUCUCAUGUUCGGCCGGCUUCACACUAGGACAUGCGCAGCAACAGUACGACUUUCCACGUGAACCGAAGGUCACAGCGACGUCGCCUUCGUCGUCAGUCAGCCGAUCUCCUGCCGGCCGGUUUCUUGGUGUCCCAGUCCAUCUGGCGUGUUGUUAUACCACUAAUCACCCAAACAAAACGCUGAGCAUCAGGUCAACCUCCUUCCAGACGGACGGUGAUGUCUCAGAUUGUGUCUGCGUGCGUUCCAAGGCGGUUGAUAGUCCACGGUUAGUGCGCUCGCAGUGA